UAUGAGCUUUUCCCAUGAUCUUGUGUUUCCAACUAGGAAUAGUUUGGAGUGGCUCAUACCGUUGGAGCUUUCCCAUUCAGCUCUGUGCUUCCUGGAUGGCACUAUCGGCUCUGGCCCAAUAGGUGCCGCCUCUGACCCUUGUCUCGCUAGACUGUCGGCUCUCUCAUUGCCUUCGAUUCCAGAAUGUCCAGGUACCCACAUGAGGGUCACCCUGUUGUGCCUUCCAAGUUUAUUCAGUGCCAAGAUUGCCUCCAAAACGAGUCUGGAUCCAACCCUCACUGAGGCAAUGGCUUUGAGUGCUGCCUGACUGUCACUUAAUAUGUAAAUGUCACGCGUUUUAUGCGCCUGUUCUAUAUUCCUUACUGCGCACAUGAUUAUAGCAUAGGUUUCAUCUUGAAACACUGUUGCAAACCUCCCUAAGCUUUCACUGUGCUCAGAUUGUUUGGAGUAGACGCCCGCU